ACGUGCACCUGCGCGCUCUCAGUACAAGUUCAGACGCACGCGGAGGCUCCCAGAGCGUGUGAACGGGGCAGCUGUAAACAGCGGUGGCGCGUGCUCGCCGAUUUUUUUUGGUCCUCAAUGAGGAGAGCGCGAGAGACCGGCGGCGCGGAGCGGGUCGAGGGCGACGUCUCUCCAGCUUUCGUUUAACUGGACUUGUCCGAGAACUGGACCGGAAACUCCGCUCGCGUGCAGCCGGCGGGAGUCGCUGAGGGACUCGCUUUGAGGCGGGAAAACACGGAAUUACCGCUCAGAAAUUCUAAGUUGGAUUCUUUCAUUUAAUGACAGUCUUGCCCCUCAAACGCGAAGACCGCCGUAGUAAACAAAAAGAAGCGUUUUUAAGGACACACACACUGGUGUCACAUACUGCACUUAAAGGUUUGACACUCCUAAACCGGGAAUUAAGCCGAAACAGGAGCUCAUCAUCCGAUCUCACGCAUCGGAUUCCGUCGCCACCGAGUGAAUUAAUAAAUAAAUAAAGUCUGACUGACUGGACAUACCGACGUGCUGACACGUCGCACGUUUGACAGCUUUUUGGAAGCGUCUCAGUUUACCUCAGCUCAAGCGUCACUGUAAAUAAGCUGAACGGCAAGGGGAGGAAGAAUUGGAUAAGGAGGAGGAAGAGGGGUGAACCCACGCCAGCGUGAUCCCUCAGUCAUCAAUGGGAAAUACCGGAGCGCACGCGACUGGGGCGAGAUGCUCGGAGAAGCUCGAGGUGCGUCGCCGCGCUCUCACCGUGAGUGAGUUUUAAAAGAGCGCGCGAGGCGAGGAGAGGAGAGAGAAAGAGCACUGUGAAGUUGAACAUAUAGAAGAAGAACCGGGUGGAAAUUUUAUGUUUCAUGUGGCACAUGAAUGAGAAAACAAAACGCGUCACCGAGCUUCCCAAGGCUUGUUGAGAAUGUGGAAACCUUUAAUUGCUGACGAAGGAGAAGAUGACAGAAGCUUGGUGAGAAAGAUACCGCGCGUGUUUUUGUGAGAGAGGGUGAAGCUUAUUCCCGAGAUGCCCGAGAAUGUCUCCCUCAUCAGGAACCGGACGGAAGUCGCGCAGGGUCGCGCUUGGGGUAGCGGAGCAGGCGCGAGGCCAGCAUGGGUCGUCAUGGUGCUGGCCGGUGUGCUGAUCUUCACGAGCGUGGUGGAUGUGCUCGGUAACGUGCUGGUGAUCAUCUCGGUGCUCAGAAAUAGAAAACUGAGAAACGCGGGUAAUGCGUUUGUAGUGAGCCUGGCUUUCGCCGAUCUCCUGGUGGUUUGCUAUCCCUACCCUCUGGUCUUGCACGCCAUGCUGCAUGCGGGCUGGUUGCCGGGGGAGAUGGAGUGUAAGGUCAGCGGCUUCCUGAUGGGAGCAAGCGUCAUCGGCUCCAUCUUCAACAUCACCGCCAUCGCCAUCAACCGCUACUGUUUCAUCUGCCAGGCCAACACCUAUGAGAAAAUCUACGGCCGCGCCGGAACCCUGGUGCUACUGAUGUUAGUCUGGGUGCUCACCGCCAUCGCCAUUCUUCCGAACCUGGCGCUGGGGUCUUUGACGUACGACCCUCGUGUUUACUCAUGCACCUUUAGUCAGACGACAAGUGCAGGCUACACCAUCGCCGUGGUGACCGUGCACUUCCUGCUUCCUAUCGCGGUAGUUACGUUCUGCUAUCUGAGAAUUUGGGUGCUGGUGCUCCGCGUGAGGAGGCGGGUCAAAACUGACGUCAGGCCACGCCUCCGACCGAGUGAGUUGCGCCACUUCUUGACCAUGUUCGUCGUCUUUGUGCUGUUCGCCGUCUGCUGGGCGCCCCUGAAUCUGAUUGGCCUGGCUGUAGCAGUGGACCCGCCCCGCGUAGCACCCUUGGUCCCUGAUUGGCUGUUUGUGGUGAGUUAUUUCAUGGCAUAUUUUAACUCAUGCCUGAACGCCGUAGUGUACGGACUGCUCAAUCAGAACUUCCGCAGAGAGUAUCGAAGAAUACUUCUGUCACUUUGUAAGCCACGCCUCUUCCUGCAGGAGACAUCAAGGGGCGGGACUGAGCGCAGCAACAAACAGUCACCUGGCAACAACAAUAACGAUGAUCAGCCCAAAGCGAACACAAUAUAACUUACCCACAAUACAUUCAAUUGUUCACAGAUAUCAAAGAGAGAAUGCUGCAAAAAGGUUUUAAAUCGCAUCCACUAAUGUUUUGAAAAUAACAUUUUUAUGUCUCACUUUAGAUACCACCCUCUGCAAAAAACAAACAAUAAAACAAUACCUCAUUUGUUGGAAACCAUACAAUUAUAAUAAUCCUCAGUAUUAGGAAAAUGAAUUACAUCUUAGACAAGUAUUACAAUCACAUUCAAUGAAUGCAUGCUAAUGAUUGAGGAAAGUGCAAUAAGUCAUUACCAGACAAAAGGUGCAAACUCGAGGAAGACAAAGACUGCAGAACAUUUUCAUUUUCUCCAAACAUGCGCCCCUAGAAAAUAACUUAUUUUUCUCACUGUUAGUUGGAGGCUGUUUUCUCCAACCGCCCAUAAAUUCUCACCUAACAGAUCUCUGUUUCACAAGUGCUUCCCUAAUGAUAUAACAACAUUAAAGAAAUGCUCCACAAAUGCUCACACAUUUGUGGCCUCUCAGCAUCUUGACAUAUGUUUUCCCAAUGCUCCAAUAGCGUUAACAUUUUUGGCACUGUAAGUACACUAGAGCCUCCCCUUGUGCUAUGCAACCAAUUAAUUUUAAUCUCAACAGAGAAACUGUAAAACUAGGGCUCCCUUACGUUUGCAGCAGAGGUUAUCCAAACGUUCCCCAAAACACUGCAGCAACGUUCUUGUAAAACUCCCCUAUUGCUAUGCAAACUCAACUUAAGCAACUCCCAUAGCUGCAUUCAUGCGAACACUGUGGAAAUCUUCCAAUAACCUUCCCACAACAUUCCUCUACUAGGUCUGCGGAUGCCGUCCUAUGGGAAUAUGGGAAUAUGCCAAAAUGCUGCAAGAACAUGUUCUUAUAUUCUCUAUAGGUUCAAAAACGAAACAUUGCACGCUCCCUAUGUCUGUGCACCAGCAGAACGCAUCUGCACAUGCUGCACGUUAUGGCACACUUACAUUAAAACUUUUACUGAGCAAAGUUUAGCAUUGAAUCCAUUAACAGGGUUCAAAUAAUCAAGAGAAUUUAGUAACAUAAAAAAAAAAAAAAAUGAGCAUAGGGCUUAAUAUUUAUGUGACACAAAUAGACUAUUUGUCAGCAUAUUUAAUUUCUUAACAGUCUGGUUUAAAAUAGUAAUAAAACAAAAGUUAACAUAAUCUUGAUUAAUAUACCUACUUUAAUAUACCAGCAUGUCACUCUGUGUCAAUAGACAUUUACACUUGAAGGUGCCAGUCAAUCAAACUACAACAGUAAAGAAGGACCUAAUUCUUAAUGAGAUACAUUUGAUAGCUUUGAUCAUUUCAUAUUGAUAUAAUCAUUUAUAUUUAGUUAGAAAGUCAAAACUGCGUCGUCUGGGGUAAGUUUCCAUCUCAGUCAUAUCAGUUACUAAAAUUAUGUUUGUAUAGCGGUUACGCAAAGCAUCUGAUCAUUUUAAAGUUUCACUUCGCAUAUAAUCUAAGUUUCACCUUGCUUACUAGUAGUCCGUCUGUCUGUGAUUCAAGCUAUGGGCGUAUGCCGUGCUCGACUACUAUUUCACACAGAAUGAGUUUUGCGUUCCACUGCACUGCUCUUGAUUUUUUUCAAUGUAAACAGACGUCUUUGAUUCUACUCUUUCGAGCAUGCAUGCCCCAUUUUUAAAUCGUUGUUGCGUUCAUUCAGCCGCCAACAUUUAUAUAGCCAUCUAUUGAAAUUACUCAAUUGACAGUUGGCAGGUUUCAAUAAACCUUCAUUGAUUGAACAGUUGUAUGAGGUAAGAAUGAAACUGUUCAGCAAAAUGUAGAACUUUUGUCUAACAAUUUACAGAUUUUUGAUGUUUUUUACUUCUCAUGUUAUUUAUUUUUAGAAAUUAAUCUUCACAACCUACGCUCAUCUCAGAUAUCUUUUAAGUAGCCUACUAUUUCAUUAUUCUGGGAAUGAUGUUGCUAAAAUAUUUUUUUUACUUCGAAGAUUCCAAUACAGAUGUACAGUAUUCAAUGUCAAACAAUAGACUUUAAACUGUGUGUAGAUUGUUUGUGUGUACAGUAUGUGAACUGUUGAAGCCUCAAAAAUUUAACUACUAGAAUCUGCCAAAAAAAGAAAAACAGACGGGUGAAUUCACUAAAACAGUUACCCGCAAUUCAGUUUAACCGCAUGUCUAACACUCAUGAUCAGGAACUGCAUUGAGAAUUCAUAGACAUGGGAUGACAAUUCACAUUAAUCGGUGGAUCUUCCAGUUCAGGAAAUUUAAGCCUCCGAUUUUAAGUACUUCAAAUUAUGAACAUCAGUAGCAGUAACAUUUUAGUGAUUUAUUGUGAAGAGUUUUUGACUCCUUUUCAAAGGGGGCUUCAGUUCUGAUCGCAGUGAGUAAUAAUGCUUAAUGAAAGGCAUCAAUGCACUUAUUGAAAUCUUAAGUAUACUAUAAUCCUUUAAAUAUUGUACUUUAUAAUCUGUUGAACGAUGGUGCACUUUGGCAGUCUGUAACAUUAUUUUUAUUUCACCUGGUUAAAAAUUAAUUAAUUAAUUAAUUUUGCAUCCCAGUAAAUUUGGAAAAAUGUUAGUGAAACCCAAACACCAUAUGGUCCGAGAGUGCUCAGGGUGUUAAAAAAAAAAUACUCUUACAAAGAGUUCAAGUUUACCGGACUGCAUUUCAAGUUCUUAGUAACAAUGAUCUAUUUUAGCGGUGAGUUCAUAUCAGACCACGUGAGGUGAGGGUUUCGACAUCUUUACCUAUUACAAACACAAUAGGCUGCAGUCGCCCUUGAGGGCGAUUCAAAAGCACAAUGAAGAUGUCAUGAGAAAGAGAGCGGUGUAUUUGUUCUGUUUACAGUUCCAGUGUUAUCUUAGUAAUGGAGUUUGUCUCAGAAUGACUCCAUGUGUCUAUGCAUUUAAAACAAGUCACGGCAUCAGUCACCAAUAUCUUAGUAUUUCAACCGAGCGCCCAAACGCUCGCAUAUCGUACUGUUUAUAUGGGUAUUCCUUCUUUUGAUUCUGAGUAUUUUAUAUGAGUUUCUCUCAUGGGCAACCUGAUCUUAGUAUUUACGAUGAGAGUAGACUAAUCUUAGUAACUUCAACGAGUAUCUCGCACUUCUUGCUGCGGCGAGAUCACAUGCUCAUUUCUUAGUACCUUUGAUGACUAUGAUGAUGAAUAAUCUCUGUAUUUAUGACAAAUGCUCGUUUAGUAAUCUCUUUGUCUUGGCAAACCUGAUGAGUGCUGGCAUCUUUGUAUCUGCAGUUAGUAUUGUUGUCUUGGAAUUUUUGAUGAGUACUUAAAAAUCGAAGAAAGCUUUUAUCCAGCACCUGUAAAGCGAUAUUCGCAUUGGUGGAAUAAUUAUGAUGUGCUUUGCUCAGAAUGAAGAAAUAUAUUUAUUAUUGUAUGUAUUUGUUAUUUUUACGAAUUAUUUUUAAAAUAGUUUUGGUUGUUAUUGCUACCUUCUGUACUCUGUGAGCGUCCAUUCUGAUCUACGGUAUUCACUGUAAUUGUACUGUACUUGGCUAAUUUCAUUUUUUUUAUAUGGUACAAAGACUGAGUACUUAUCUUUGUUUCCACAACAAGUACUAAACUGUCUUAACUGAGUUUACUUAAAUGGUUUAUGCAAAAUUAUUAUCUUAUUUAUUUCCAAUUUUAUUUAAAUGUGAAUCCCCAGGAAAAACAACAACAAC